GACACGCCGCGACACGACAUGCCACGACACGGCACCUGUCCGACCUGCGGCACGACUAACAAACCCCCGCCGCGCCUUUUACUCCGCGCUCCCCGCGCCGGCUCCGCUGCCGCGCCUCCGGAGAGACAGAAAAGACGGGGGAAGGCGGGGGGAGAAAGAAAAAAAGAAUGAAAUAAAAAGGGAAAAGGGGGAUAAAGCCGAAAAAAUGGGAAUAAACCCAAACCCCGGAGAGUUAAAGAAAACAAAGGCGAGCGCCCCGCGCCCGCACCCCGGCUCCCGCCGGCUGCCGGAGCCGCCCCGGUUCGGGGACCGCCGGGGGGCCGCCCGCGCCCCGCCGCCUCCCAUUGGCUCCGCCGCCCGCUCAUUUGCAUACCGCCGUCUAUUAAAGGCCGUGCGGAGCCGUGGAGGGGCGCAGGCGGCGGUGGAGGGUGCGCGGGGCCGCGCGUCGUCACCCCGCGUACCCCGCGUCGUCACCCCGCGUACCCCGCGUCGUCACCCCGGACCGCGCACCGUCACCCCCCGCGGACCGCGCCGUCGGGCUCAGCCCCGCGCAAGUGCCAUGAGCCCCCUGCGGCUGCUGGCCGCCGCCUGCCUGCUGGCCCUGUCCCGCUGCAAGACGGUGAGGUACCGCACCGACGAGGAGGGCGAGCCGGGCACGGUGAUCGGUACGCUGGCCGAUGAGAUGCCGGUGAAGGCGCCGGGGGAGAUGAGCUUCCGCUUGAUGCGGCAGUUCAGCAACAGCUCGCUGGUGCGGGUGCGGGAGGAGGACGGGCAGCUGAGCAUCGGCGAAGCGGGGCUGGAUCGGGAGCGGCUGUGCGGGCAGGCCCCCCAGUGCAUCCUGGCCUUCGACGUGGUGAGCUGCUGGCGGGAGCGCUACCGCCUGGUGCACGUGGAGCUGGAGGUGCGCGACAUCAACGACAACGCGCCACGCUUCCCCCGUGCCCAGAUGGCACUGGAGGUGUCAGAGAGUGCUGCACCUGGCACACGUCUCCCACUGGAGGUGGCCGUGGACGAGGACGUGGGCUCCAACUCCAUCCAGAGCUUCCAGGUCUCCCUCAACAGCCACUUCGGUGUGGAGGCACAGACGCGGGCAGAUGGGGCACGCUGCGCUGACUUGGUGCUGCUCCAGGAGCUGGACCGUGAGCGCCAGCCCUCCUACACGCUGGAGCUGGUGGCCAAGGACGGUGGCAGCCCGGCACGCUCAGGCACGGCCACCGUGCAUGUCCGUGUCCUCGAUGCCAAUGACAACAGCCCUGCCUUCGCCCAGAGCUCGGUCACAGUGGAGCUGCCUGAGGACGCACCGCCCGGCUCCCUGCUGCUUGACCUGGACGCUGCUGACCCCGACGAGGGCCCCAACGGUGAGGUGGUCUAUGCUUUCGGCAGCCAGGUGCCCCCUGAGGCACGGCGGCUCUUCCGCCUCGACCCGCGCUCAGGCCGUCUCACACUAGAGGCCGCCGUGGACUACGAGCGCACCCGCACCUACGAGCUGGACAUACGUGCUCAGGACCGCGGCGCCAGCCCCCACGCCGCCACCUGCACCGUCAUCGUGCGCCUUACCGAUGUCAAUGACAAUGCGCCACGCAUCAGCAUCAGCGCCCUCCGUGGCGCCGCCAGCGCUGCUGGUGUGGCCUACGUCAGCGAGGCGGCGGCCAGCGAGAGCUUUGUGGCCCUCGUCAGUGCCUCAGACCGUGACUCAGGCGCCAACGGGCAGGUGCGCUGCAGCCUCCGCGGCCAUGACCACUUCGCCCUGCAGCGCGCCUAUGAGGACAGCUACAUGAUCGUCACCACGGCGGCACUGGACCGUGAGCGCAUCCCCGAGUACAACCUCACUGUGGUGGCCGAGGACCUGGGCUCGCCGCCCUUCAAGACCGUCCGCCAGUACACAGUGCGAGUGAGCGAUGAGAAUGACAAUGCACCACUCUUCACCAAGCCCCUCUACGAGGUGGCCGUGCCAGAGAACAACCCCCCAGGUGCCUACAUCACCACUGUCGUGGCCCGCGACCCUGAUCUUGGCCACAACGGUAAGGUCACCUACCGUCUCCUGGAGACACAGGUCAUGGGGGCCCCCAUCUCCACCUAUGUCUCAGUGGACCCCGCCACUGGGGCCAUCUAUGCCCUCAGGACGUUCAACUAUGAGAUCCUCAAGCAGUUAGACCUGAGGAUCCAGGCCACUGAUGGAGGCUCCCCACAGCUCUCCAGCAGCACCCUUGUCAAAGUGAGGAUGGUGGACCAGAACGACAACCCUCCCGUCAUCAUCCACCCAGUGCUCACCAAUGGGACGGUGGAAAUCGGCGUGUCCAGCAAGACAUCCCGUGACUCCCUGGUGGCCCAGAUCAAAGCUCGAGAUGCAGAUGACGGGGCCAAUGCCGAGCUCACCUUUGCCUUCCUCGAAGAGCCCCAGCAGGACCUUUUCACCAUCAACCCAAGCACUGGGGACAUUGUCCUGAGGGGCGACCUCUCUGAAGAGCUGGGACAGCUGUUCAAGGUCAUCCUCACUGUGACAGACAACGGCAGACCCCCCUUGGCCACAACCGCCACAGUCAACUUCCUGGUGACCGCCACUGCUCCAUCCAGUAUCCAGGAGAUAGCCAAGCCCAGCUCCUGGGAAGGAAAGGCUUUGCAGUGGGACAUCCCUCUGAUCGUGAUCAUCGUCCUGGCGGGCAGCUGCACCCUCCUCCUGGUGGCUAUAAUCACCAUUGCCACUACCUGCAACAGGCGCAAGAAGGGGAAUGAGAUCAAAAACAACACUUCCUUGAAGGAGCAGAUAGACAUCUCCCACCUGGAGAAGGGCCGGCAGGAGGAGGGCAGCCAGAGGGGGAACAUGUUUGAGGUACGAACCUUUCCCAGCAAAACCUCUUUCACCAGCCCCGACCCUUCUCCAGCUGCUGAAGAAAUCUCUACCGCUGAGAGCGGCAGCGACAGCACUUGCCUCUACGAGGGUCAGAAGAGGCUCAGAGGACCGAGCGGGGAGCAGGGUUUCGCUGCCGCUCCGAGCUACAGCAAGGAGCCUGCUCCCCCCGUGGCCAUUUGGAAGGGGCACUCGUUCAACACCAUCUCUGGCCGAGAGGCGGAGAAGUUCAGUGGCAAAGACAGCGGCAAAGGGGACAGCGAUUUUAAUGACAGCGACUCGGAUAUCAGUGGAGAUGCCCUGAAGAAAGAUCUCAUCACGCACAUGCAGAAUGGUCUGUGGGCAUGUACAGCCGAGUGUAAGAUCCUGGGCCACUCAGACCGCUGCUGGAGCCCCUCCUGCGGCCGAGCCAACCCUCACCCCUCUCCCCAUCCUUCAGCACCCCUCUCCACCUUCUGCAAGAGCACGUCCUUGCCCAGGGAUCCCCUUCGCAGGGACAACUUUUAUCAAGCCCAGCUGCCCAAAACAGUGGGGCUUCAGAGCGUCUACGAGAAAGUGCUGCACAGGGACUUUGACCGGACGAUCACGCUGCUCUCCCCGCCGCGGCCCGCAAGGCUCCCUGACCUUCAGGAGAUUGGGGUGCCCCUCUACCCAGCCCCCUCGACUAGAUACCUGGGCCCCCAGACUGACACAGCUGAGAAAGUGUAGCCCAACACGCUCCCCGCCUGAGUACACAUGUCCCUGCGCGCACACGACUAGGUCACUCCCGAGAGCCUUUAAGUUAUUGACCAGAUCCAGUGUCGUAUGUGUAAAUAUGCAAGAUGUGCCUUAAAAAUGAAGUUGUUGGGAAAGAUUUCCAAUCACGUCAGUACUGUUUGAUAUUUGCAAACAAAAAAAAAUUGUUUGUAGUUAAUGUAAUUUUUAUGAAAUGUGCAGUAUUUAAAAUUUUUUUUCAUGUUUUCUACAUUGGGGGUUUUUUUUUUGCUUUUGGUUCACCCAUGGCCUGCCAUUUUUUGUAGUGUUUUUAACCUGUACAUUGUGUAAUGUAAUGUUUGUACAUAAUGAAAAUUGGUUAUAUUUUUAUAUAAUAAAAGCUUAAAAAAAUGGGAAUUCUUGCCAAAGGAACUGUCUGAAAGACACAAUAAUAAUAAUAAUUAAUCAUAAUACCCUGAAUAUGUAGAACCUUGUAAGGGAAAUUCCUCUUUCACGAUGUAAUAAUAACCUAAGCAACCCAGUGUACUGAGAAGUUUGCCUUGCCAAAUGUGACUUGUAUUUCUUGAGUCUGUGGUCAACUUAAAUGUUAUUUAAUUGCCUUUGGUUCCUGUAAUCUGUGUCACUGAUAAACACUAAUAAAGGUUUUGUGAUGUGUCGGA